CCAGAUGGGUAACCGACAUCGUCGGCUGUCUUGGUGUCUCGAGGGUGACCACGCUCCCGUGCCCAGCCAGCGAGCCAUUUCAUGACUCGAAGGAUCGAGCCCCUUACUCUGAGCUCUUGAUCAUUGGAUAAACGACUAUCCUGGGGUAUUGAUCACGACUUUCGUGUAAUCCGCGGAACUCUGCAGACAACCUUCUCUCGGCCACAACAGGAUCUCAGGAGUCUUGGACCCGUGGCUCCAUGAUGGGAAGACUCAACUCGUUGAUGGCCCCCCGAGGGGCGGACGUGGUGCACGCGCAAAACCCACAGCUGGCCAACUACUACUACUCGUGUACCGAGGUCACGCCCACAUGUCCUGUCCAAGCCACGACGCUCGGGUAUUAUCCCAACCGAGGGAUCAACAUCUUUUUCGCGGUUGGUUUUGCGGUGGCCAUGGUUGUCACGCUGAUUUUGGGCGUGAAGACGAAGACAUGGAGUUAUAUGGCGUUUAUUGCGGCCGGGACCGCGCUGGAACUUGCAGGCUACCUCGCCCGCGUCCCGCUCACCGACAACCCGUGGAACAAGGACGCGUUCGAGACCCAGAUCGUCGCCAUCAUUCUCGCGCCAACCCUGGUCUGCAUCUCCAUCUACCUCACUCUCAAGCACGUCUGCCUCUCGCUCAACCCGGCCCUGUCGCGCAUCCGCCCGCACCUGUACCCCUUCAUCUUCGUCCCGCUCGACGUCUCGUGCUUGUGCGUGCAGGCUAUCGGCGGGUCUCUGGCCGCCAGCGCCGCGCUGAGUAACUUCCAGCUGGUGCAGAGCGGGAACCGAUGUAUUAUCGCGGGCAUCGUGCUGCAGGUCGUGGUGCUGUUAUUUUUUGGGUCGUCGGCCACGGACUACUUCUUCAGGGUCAAGAAAUGGAUCAAGUCAGACGAAGCCAAUCCUGAGGCGGUUGCUCUAUGGCAUGAUAAGAAGUUCAGGAUGUUUGCGUACGCCGUGGUAGGAGCGUACAGUGGUAUCUUAAUCCGUUGCAUCUAUCGAAUCGCGGAGAUGGCUGGUGGCUGGGGCAACCCCAUCAUGCAGGAUGAACCGAGCUUCAUUGUGCUUGAGGGAUUCAUGGUCCUCAUCCCUUGCCUUCUCUUGGCUUCCUUCUCGCCCGGAAUCUUGUUCCCCCAGAUGUCUGCCCGCAUGUCAGCUAGAUCGAAACCCCAGGACAGCAAGGGCAACGACGUGGAGAAGCCGCCUCAGCCGGAAAGCACUCGAAGUCAGCCACAGGCAAGCGGGGACGAAUCUGGACCAAACCAGGCGCCAGAUACCACGGAAGCGAACCCGGUGUCGAAAUCCGGGACCAUUGAGCCCAAUGGUGGAGGUGAUGCAUGAGGGAAAAGGGCAGUAGGCUGCUUUGGCAGCUUGUGGGUUUGGCUUGGCGGGCAUAGGUGCUUGACACAAACAUCUACCAGUUUCCGAGUGGACUUUGAACAUGGCAUCCAAGGUAGAUAAGAGUCUCUGGAGCAGCAACGCAGGCCUUUUUUGGCGUCCCUCUUCGCUCCUUUCGCCCCUUUCACCCCUC